AUGACUUUGGUGAAAUCAUGCAAGGAAAAGCUACAUUGGAUGAGGAAUAAUGGGUUUGAUGCAUUGGUUGAAGAGGUGUCUUCAUUUUGUGACAAACAUCAUAUUGAUGUUCCUAACAUGGAUGAGGCCUUUGUACUUCCAGGGAGGUCAAGGCGUAAUGCUCCAAUAAAGACAAAUCGUCAUCAUUAUCGUGUGAAGCUCUUUAUUUAUGUCAUUGAUGAGCAACUUACGGAGUUAGAUGAUCGUUUUAAUGAGGUAAAUACUGAGUUGCUUAUUUGUUUGGCAUAUUUGAGUCCGAAUGAUUCAUUUGUAGCUUUUGAUAAACAAAAGCUACUUCGUCUUGCUCAAUUUUAUCCUCAAGACUUUUCGGAUGGGGAUUUUUUGGCACUUGAUGAUCAACUUGAGCUUUAUAUUCAUUAUGUGAGUUGGAGUAGUGAUUUCUCUGACUUGCAAGGGAUUUGUGAUCUUGUAAAAAAAAUGAUGGAGACAAGGAUGCAUCGAGCAUUCAAUUAUGUGUAUUUGCUUAUUACAUUGGCUCUAGUUUUACCGGUUGCUACUGCUUCAGUCGAGAGGGCUUUCUCCGUCAUGAAUAUUAUCAAAGGUCCACUUCGGAAUAAAAUGGGAGAUCAAUGGUUGAGUGAUAGCUUACUUGUUUAUGUUAAGAAGGAUGUUUUUUAUUGUAUUGAAAAUGAAGCUAUAAUGCUACGUUUUCAAAAUAUGAAACCUCGUCGUGGCCAAUUGUAA